AUGUUGAACGUAAUGGCAGCGGUGACGACAAGCCUGCCCAGCCGAGUGGACCCGACCCCGACGUCUUCCAGCAACACCAGCACUCCGUCGAGCACUACGCCGAACAACGUGACGUCGGUUCCCGUGGAGAACCCGACCGUCGAGAAUCUGCCAGAGAACGUGAACGUGUUCGUGGUGGUGAUCAAGGGGAUCAUCAUGGGCAGCAUAAUCACGACCGCGGUUUUGGGCAACGCCCUGGUGAUCGCCAGCGUGAGAAGGCACAGAAGGUUGCGCGUGGUGACGAACUGUUACGUGGUGAGCCUGGCGGCGGCCGACCUCCUGGUGGCCAUGUGCGCGAUGACGUUCAACGCCUCGGCCGAGCUGUCCGGCGGCAAGUGGUUGUUCGGUCGGUUCAUGUGCGACGUGUGGAACUCGCUGGACGUUUACUUCUCCACGGCCUCGAUACUUCACCUGUGCUGCAUCAGCGUGGACAGGUACUACGCGAUCGUCAGCCCGCUCGAGUACACGGUGAUCAUGAGACAGGGGACGGUCGGAUGCAUGCUGGGCAGCGCGUGGAUCUUGCCGGCUCUUAUCAGCUUCAUACCGAUCUUCAUGGGUUGGUACACUACGCAGGAGCAGUUGGACUACAUGGUGAAGAAUCCGGAGGUCUGCUCCUUUGUGGUGAACCGGCCGUACGCUGUGAUCAGCUCGUGCGUCUCCUUCUGGAUCCCUGGCCUGGUAAUGAUAGUGAUGUACUGUAAGAUCUACAAGGAGGCGGUCAGACAGAGAAAGGCGCUUAGCAGGACGUCCAGCAACAUCGUGCUCAACAGCGUGCAUCAUCACAGGUCCUCGACCAGGCAGCACCAUCACCAGCAGAUGUUGCUUCAAGCGGCGGCCGAAACCGGUGAGUUUGCACUAUUACUCGUAAUACGUUUUAACGCGGGCGGCACCGCUUCCGGUUUCUGUUCCGGUCUCACCGCCAGGAUGGAUACGUCUGACCGUUCUCACGGCAAAGUCAUCUAUAUUCUCUGACACUCAGUGUCGUUUCUCUUUCUGAUAAUCAUUUUUUGUACUUGUUGAAUGAACAGUCUUUUUUGAUAAGAUGAUGAUGAUGAGUAUAAUCAACGUAGAACAUCGCUCGUAAUUAUUCGAACAGUUUUCACAUUGUUACAUUGUUCUUAUUUUCUAUAUAGUUACUGUGGCUUUCGUUGUCACUGUAACAAAUAUUGUUUCAUUGUACUACAAUCGUCUCUGUUUUAUCACUAAAGAAGUACAUUUUUCUACUUGUUCUUAUUUUCCAUAUUGUUACUGGUAACAGUUUGUUACUGUAGCUUUCGUUAUUACAAUAACAAAUGCUGUUUUAUUGAACUGAAAUCAUCUUUCUUUUACUACUAGAGAGAUACAUUUCUGUAGGAAUAAAGUAAAGGGAAUAUUUUAUUCCACGUUGUUAAAUAAAGUUGGAAAAUAAAGUUUAUUGAAAUAAGGAUUGACAGAAUAAAAAAGUGUUAAUGUUGCGGUAACAAAAAAAAAAAAAAAUUUUAUUAAUUACUCUCUGUAUUCACUGACGAUUCACAACUCUCUGUCUCUACUCUACGAAGUCUCCACUUUCUCUGUUGGAUUUUUUUACGACAUGGAUUCCCGAAAUCUUCGUGCUGUCACACAUUCAUGCACACAAAACGCUCGUACCUUUAAUAUUUUUGAGUCCUAGAUCUAGGUGGCUAAAAUAAAUAUUCCUAGGCCUUCGCUCCAGAUGGCGACAAUUGUGUCUCGUCGUUGGGCACUGGAGAAAGUUUCCCAACCCAGAAUUCACCAUCCCACAUUUUUCACUCGUUUUUAUUGUUCAUAUUGUUAUUUACUAAUAAUAGUUCCUACAUUGUUAAAUAUUGUUACUGUGGCUUUUGUUAUCACAGUAACGAAUGUUGUUUUAUUUUACUACAAUCGUCCCUUUUUUUUUUUACCAUUAAGGAGAUACAUUUUUUAUUAAUUAUUUUCUAACCCGUGUCAUUCGUUAUUCCAUUGUGAUCUCCAUUGUAUUAUUGUACUCUUUGCCAGUCAGGUGUGUCUCUUUCCAGUGCGACGUUUACUAUUUCACUGAAGCUUUCACUAUUUCAUUGUGUUAUUCCACUACAUUACAUUAUUUUCACCGGGUCCUCGCAGUUAUAGCACUGUGAAAUAAUUUCAUUAUUUGCUUAUGUUCUCGUCUAUUCAUAAUGUUAAUACGAUCUUACCUGUUUCAUUAGUAUUUCAAUCGUUAUUUCAGUGUCCCUCACUGCAUCCAUUAGCGAGCCCCUG